AUGGCAUCAACGACGGCAACAACGACAGGCGCGCAGCCGCCCGUGACAAUCGUCUGCGUGGGCAUGGCAGGCAGCGGCAAGACAACCUUUAUGCAGCGCAUCAAUUCUCACCUGCACUCGAAACAAACACCGCCAUACGUCCUCAACCUCGACCCGGCAGUGCGCAAAGUCCCAUUUGAUUCCAACAUCGACAUCCGAGACAGUGUCAACUACCGCGAAGUCAUGAAGCAAUACAACCUCGGCCCCAACGGCGGCAUCCUCACAUCCCUGAAUCUGUUUGCGACAAAGAUCGAUCAAGUCUUGGGUAUCCUGGAGAAGCGCUGCUUGCCUGAGAAUCAAGAGAAGGGAGAGGAGGACAAGGUGCCCAAGCACGUCUUGGUCGACACGCCAGGCCAGAUCGAGGUCUUUGUCUGGAGCGCCAGUGGAAGCAUCUUGCUGUCUUCGCUCGCCUCUUCCUUCCCUACCGUCCUUGCCUAUGUCAUCGAUACACCGCGCACCACCGCCUCCACCUCGACCUUCAUGUCAAACAUGCUCUACGCCAUCUCCAUCAUGUACAAGACUCGCCUGCCCAUGAUCCUCGUCUUCAACAAGAACGACGUCAAGUCCGAGGAAGAAGCAAUAGACUGGAUGCGCGACUUCGAAUCCUUCCAAGAAGCCCUGCGCAGAGAAGAAGAGGAGGAAGCAGAGACCGGUACCGGAGGUUCGGGGUACAUGGGUUCUUUGCUCAACAGCAUGAGCUUAGUGCUUGAAGAAUUCUACAACAACCUUUCCGUUGUGGGUGUGAGCAGCAUGACCGGCGCAGGCAUUGACGCUUUCUUCGAAGCUGUCGAGGAAAAGCGCGAAGAGUUCAACACCGACUACAAAGCCGACCUCGACCGUCGCCGCGACCAGCGCGAAAAGGAAAAGGAAGCAAACCGCGAAAAGGAAGUGCAGAGAAUGAUGAAGGAUAUGCGUGUGGGAGGAAACAAGUCAAGGACGCCCAAAGAAGAGCCCGAGACCGUUUCAGAAGCCGAAGAGGAGGAUGAAGAUGAAGGUGGCUUGGUAGACAGAGAUGAGGAUGAGGAUAUCAGUCAAGAAGGCUUGCAACAGAGAUAUCAACAAGCUUUGGCUGCCGGCAAUAGCCAAAUGUCGGGUGAGGACAUGAGUUUUGCAAAGUAUGUCCAGGCUGCGGGUAUGCAGAAGAAGUAA